AUGGGUCGUCCGCGGUGGGGUGACAAGGGGGUGGGGGUAGGACACCUGUGGGCUCCCACCACCCACAACCCGGAGGCGCGACUGCCCCAGGUCUCAGAUCGUCCAGGUCCCACGCCGCCAGCCUGGUUGCAUCGUCGGCUCAACAAACUCGGAGAGCCUGCUCAAAUACUUGUCAUAUCGCAUCGAGAUGAUGCCAGCACUAGAUCUAAGGAUUUCACUGGAAGCUGUGAUUCUAUCAACUCAUCCGAAUGUACAAAGACUACUUAUCUUAGAGGACAAAACAUACCUCUGGAGCCAGAAGAGCUGGCUGAACGUGAAAUAAAGAGGCGGAAAGCGUUGGAACAUCAGAACGCCAUUAGGCAACAACUUGAGGAGCGGGAACGCAAACGGAGAGAAGAGAAAGAAAAACGGAUGUUAGAAGAGAGAAAGGCCGAUGAGAGGAUGAAAAAGCAACAGGAAAUGGAGAGGAAAAGACUGGAAGAUGAACAAAGAAGACAGAAAGAGAAAGAGGAGAAAGAGGAGCGCAAAGCGCAGGCGAUGCGCGAAGCGCUAGAAAACGCAGAGCGACUGCGGCACGCGACUGAGCGACACGCGACGAGCGACUUGGACGAGUCGAUGCGACGAGUUCAGAUCACCGAGCAGCAGUCGCUCAACAAUGACGUCAUCAGCAGCGGCAGCAGCGUCAGCAGUAGCUGCGAUCAGCAAGAUUCAAGAUUCAAUAUUCAAGAUUUGAAGAUUCAAGAACAGUAUCGCAGCAGUCAGCAGUUGACUAAUAACAACAACGCUGAUGACGCGAGGGAAGCGAUGUCGCGUGUCGCUGACGACGAGCGACGAAAAGCGGUGUCGCGUGUCGCCGAUGAUGAGCGACCAAUCGCUGCAGUUGUCGCUGCAGCUGUAGUCGCGCCUCUUGCGUCGCAGCCACCUCCCAACGAUCAUGCUGACCACUCCGAGCAAGAAAGUGAAGAAAGUUCUUCAGUUUCAACUUCAAUUGGGAUAGUUCUGUCACCACAGGAGAUCUCUGCGAACCAACUGUCUGUGAUACCCUCGCCUGGCAGACUCCUCACGCCCAGCAAAUUCAGAACACGCCAACGAGCCGUCGAGAAAGCAACCCAAACCUUCCUUAACAAAUGCGAACGCAACAACAAGCUUCCACUGCGUUACAGUAGGAGCCAGCAACCGCCACGCCUGGAGGACCGCCCCAAGUGGGGCGUCAACAGACCCGAGAUGCAGUACAUCAAGCAGAGUGACCGCGAUCCUUAUAGGUUCCGGCGAAUCGUCAACAACAGCAGAGUCACUCGGGGUCGCAAUACUAGCCAGGAGACAAGCAGGUCCCCUUCUCCAGGAAAACACUCAGUUUUCAAUAGCAGCCACCACUCGGAAACAACUCUCAAUAAUAAGAGCAUCACAUCCAACAGCCCUUCUAUAACAGGUAUAUCAGUGAGUCGAGGUACCACAACACCCCGUUUGCAAGUGAUCCAGAAAGUUGGUAGCAUAAGAAAGUCAUCAGCUGGAAGGCCUAGAUACAUUUCUGUGAAAGGAGCUGUAAUGCAUAGUAAUCAUCUGCGACAGAGAAUGUUGAACAGGGUCCAACUGCAGCAGCCGAAAAUGAAUUUGGAAGAAAAUGUUGUCAAUCAUGAAAAAAACGGAGAUCGUCUCAGUGAGAGACGUUCUUAAUCAGCUCACCUCGUUACGCCAGGGUCUAUCCCAAAAACAACACGAGUGGGAUAUAUCGAGGUGUCAGACCCCUUACUCCGAGGUGUCUUCAAGAUCUUAGAAUUUCAUAGUGAUGCCGAUAUCACAAACGGAAUCCAACUGCCUUAACGACAUUCAAUUCA